GGUCCUCCAGAUGGGUCACCCACCCCUGGCACAGGGAUGCCCGGAGGAAAGGGAGAAGCACAGGGGGUCCUCAUGGGACAGAGACAGGAGAAGCAAGCAACUUUCAAGGGAGAGGGAGGGACUUGGUGACAGCGCUGACCUUCCUGUACCAAGGUCUGUGUGGGCUGCUGAAGAGGUGCUCAGGUACUGGGCUUGGCGGAACUCUGAUUGGAGUUCCCCUGUGGGACCACAGAAACGGAUGCCCCUCACCUGGUAUCUUCAUUGGCUGUGGCACAAUGGACAACAGAAAUGCCCAGAUGCACGUGGAGGGAAGGAUCAAGGCUCCAGGGGCCCAGCCAAGUGCUGGCAUGAGCACCACCAGCAAGAGGCCUGGUGUUGAGCCCACCAUAUCAGGAGCCAGCCAGGUUGCGUUUCCAGAUGCUGCAGGGAUGGGCAGUGGGAAGCAGCCCUCAUCAGCCCCAGGGGGGCCAGAGAAGGGACCAGAACACAGGGAAGCCUCAGAGGAAGGGCCUCGGGAGCUCAGGACCCAGGAGCAGAGGCAUCCGGAACGACCAGGGAAAAAGCAGCCGACUCCGGCACCCCAACAAGGGCCCGGAUUGCCGCAAGGAGGCCAUGAUCAGACCACGCCAGGAAGUGAGCUGGCGGUGCUGCCUUCCAGGGUCCCCGCAGUGCAGGAAGGGCGGCAGCAACAGGGCUCGGGGAAGGAGACCGAGGACCAGCAGGGGAGACGGCAGAACCCGGGGACCAUGGAGGGUCAGGUCCCUGAGAGCCACCAGGGCCCGGAGUGUCAGCCUCCCCAGGGUCGCCAGGCAGCUAACGGGGCAGACACAGCACAGCCAGCGAAGGCUUCUUGCGCCUCGGACAGCUGUGGGCAGCAGCGGAGAGACAAGCCCUCCAAGGAGGUGGACACCCCACAUGUCAGGCCACAGGGGGCUCUGCCACAGCCUGGCCCGUGGAGACAUGAGGACAGUUCUCAGGGGGCAGGGCCGCUAAUGCCCAUGGCAAGUCUGGAGGAAAAGACGGCCAGCUCCUUCCCACGAUCCACGCCCGGACUUGACCCACCCAAAGGAAGGGUCAAGGGUGUGGAGAUCCAGCCAGCACCAGGGCCUGUUCCUCCACCAGAGGUGAGGGGCUCUGGAGAGAGGAGGGACCUGGUCUUGGUGCAGAAGCAGCCUCAGGAGCCCAUGGCGGCCGCAGGGGCUCCGAACCUCGGGAGCCUCCGGCAAGGCUUCAUGCAGUGCCUGCUGGAGGUGGAGGAGGAAGAGGCCAUGCAUCGGAGGGCAACAGCCAAGGCCCAGGCCCUGCCAAGCCGGAAGUCCCCCAGGACCCUGACCCCCGUGCCCACCUCAGCCUUGAGCCUGCUUCUGACGCUGCCUCAGACCCCGGCAUUGGCCCCUGCGGUGGCCCCAUCCUGGACCCGGUCGCUGGCCCCCAGGUCAGUCCCCACCCCUGGGGGAGCCCCGCUCCCAGGGCCUGCGGCUGCACUGCCGGCCCCCAUGCUGGACACAGGCUGGAGAAGGGCAGAACCCCUGCGCCUGAGUGGAGAGAGGAGCCUGAGCAGCGCUAAGGCAUGGCAGGAGCUGGAGGAGCGCGGCCUCCUCAAGCUGUAUCAGAACUGGGAGGAGAGGCCGGAGGAGCACCUCACCCUGAAGCAGGAGGAAGCCUUCCGCAGCUACUUUGAGAUCUUCAAUGGCCGCGGCGAGGUGGACGCCCAGAGCCUGGAGAACAUUCUGCUGCUCGUGGGCGUCUCCCUGACGCCGGCUCAGGUGGACGACGCCCUGACGAGCGCUGACGUCGACGGAGAUGGUCACGUGGGCUUCAAGGACUUCUUGGCUGUGAUGACAGACACCAGGCGCUUCUUCUCCUCCAUGGAACAGGACGCCUUGACGGACAUGACUCCCCAGAACCCCCACACUCUGCUCUUUGAGAUCCUGUCCCUGCUGGUGGAGAUGCUGGCCUUACCCGAGGCGGCCUUAGAGGAGAUCACCAACUAUUACCAGAAGAAGCUUAAGGAAGGCAUCUGUAAGGCCCAAGAGAUGGAGUCGGCCGUGGGCUGGCUGCGGUCCCGGAAGAAGCUUCCCUGCAGCCCCCACCAGCCAGACGCCUUGGAAGUCCCGGAACGAAGGGUCCUCAGGAUCCUGAGCCGGCUGAAGCAGCAGAACUAUGCUGCCAAUCUGCAGAGCCCCUACGCCCAGGCGCCCUGUGUCCCGCUCUAUCUGCGGCGGGACAAGAACGCUGUCCCAUGGAAGCAGGGCAGCCACUUCCUGCCAGACCAGGGUGCCCCCACCAGCCUGGGCCCUGACCUCCGGGGCCUUUUCUUGCAGUCAGGACUUCAAGGAAACAGGGAACACAGCUCUGAGAGCCGGAAGUGGCUCAGCUCUGUGCCAGCUCGAACCCGCUGACCCAUGGAGUCCUGACCUUGGGCUGCCGUGCAAGGCCUGCAGACGGACAGGUCAUCAGGCAGGUACCGCUGCUGAAUUUUGCUUUUGUGGCCUGGUAAGCCAAUAAAUACUGAGAACCUCA